ACUGUGAGGGAACGGUCCGUGUUGGCCUCUGCUGCCUGGCACCUUCCCACCUCCACGAUCAUCAACUACUCCACCAUUUAUAUUACCAUUAUUACCAGCAAUGAUGCCAUUAUUACUACCAUAACCACCACUACCACCAUCACAACCAGUGUGAUAAAGUGGACUUAGAGAUAGCAAAGUGGUGAAAUAGUGAAGCAGAAAAUAGAGAAAUAAACAGUGAAAUAAAGGAAGAACAUGGUAUUUUUGUUUGGUGGAGGCCUCAAAUGUGUUACAAAAUAUACAGUGGACAUUCAAACUUUAUGAUUUGUAAGUUAAUGUAUCAAUGUUUAUGAUAAAGACCAAAGAAAAUAUUUGUAUAUAAAUAGUAAUUAGUGAAAAUUAAACAUGUGGCUUAAUAAACGGCCGGCUACAAUAGUCUUUGGCUAAACAAAUUAAACACUGAUAUAACUAUAAAAAGGCAAAUAAGAAAAAAAUGUUUUCUAAAGUGUUCCGAGCUGACAAGAAAUGUGGCUCAAAUUCUGGGUCUGGGGGAAGCGGGGAGCGGAGGUGGUCAGGGAGCGAGCAAGGACCCUCUUAUUAUCCCCUGGUGCACCCGUCCCUCACACAGACAAAGCGGGUGACGGUGCACGACACCGGUGCCGCAGAAUCCUUGGAACACGAGCUGGAUUUACUGGAGCUGGUGUGCAGGAGCGACAGUCUCCACAAGAGACUGGACCAGCUGCAGGCUAAAUAUGAGAGGAUGGACGAUGGGCUUCAGACCCUCAGCAGGGAGACCCAAGCCCCGCCCACCACAUCACGAACCACACCUACGCCUUCCAAGCGUUUGUCAAUCUUUUCCUCCAGCAGAAGCUCCAAGUCCUUCGAGGAAGGUGAAACAAAGAAGCCCAACUUCUUUCAGAGGUUGUUCGGCAACAGAUUGUCUAAAAGCGAAGACGAUUUACUGGAUAAUGGGUCUUCGCAGUCGCCGUCAGCGACACAUGAUGACGACGACGACGUCAGCGACAGCGAUUCGUUGUCAACCCCGCCAAUGAAGGAGAGACGAUCAGCGAGCGAAGACGUGUUAUCGUGGCGAUUCUUGGCGCGACGAGGACGAGAGAAGAGGCAGAGUUGGAGUGCUGAAUCUUCCACACCGGAGCUAAUGCCGCCUCCCUCCCUUCUCUCCAAUUCACAGAAAAGUGGACUUAAAAGAAAACGAGUGAUCAGGGUGUAUAACCUUAAUCCUUUGGAUCAUAAAGAUACCAGAAUGGGAUCUAACGAGUCCUGCAGCGACUCCACAGACUCUGAGAAGGAAUUCAGGUCCAGAUACGGUAGUAUAAUUUUGCGGAGUGCGAGCAGUGGGCGGGAUGGAGAGCCAAGGGUCACUAGCCCCUACCCUCACCUCCGUAGUGUCAGUGGGUGCAAGAUGGAGUCUAGCCUCACCCGCGGACACCCGCAGCAGGUUGUGGAAGAAGACACUCUCAAGAACGAAGAAUUUUCUACCUUCGCAAUACACAAUUCCGAAACGCUCAAAGGCGCCGUUAACCGCGUGGACUCGACCGCAGAGGCAGCCCUCAAGAUUCACGGCGAUGCGGACCCACAAGACGUUACCCAAAGGCAAGGCAAAACCGUCACUGAUGGAGCCUUUAUUGAUGAAAGAUGUGAAACUACAACUAGGAAAUGGAGGAAGAGGAGUGUAGGCCAGUCUCCGCAAGGAUCGCCGGCCAAACAAAAUACCUCGUCUAUAGCUGAAGAUACAAUGAAGCCCACGCUGAAAACUGCGGACAGGAGCUCAAAGGCAGAGAUGAUAGAUAUAUAUAAAGUAGGUCCUCCGCUGUCGAGAACGCCUAGUUCCAAGGAGGUCCUCUUGACCAGGACUCCCAGCGUUCAGAGACACAGGAUUCCAAGUUCUCAAGAUCUCUCGAAGACCACAAGCUCUCAAGAGCUCUCGAAGACCACAAGCUCUCAAGAGCUUUCAUCUUCCAAAGCUCUCAACCACCAAGAGCUAGCUAAAGCUAGCAGUUCUCAGGAAAUUGGAGUAUGUAAAGCAGCCAGCUCCCAAGAACUUGGGGUGUGUAAGACUCUGAGCUCACAAGAGUUACCCACCAGACUACCAACAACAGCUUCCAUACAGGAGCUGGACCACUUCUUAUCAGCCAUCAUCAAGAACCUGGAGUCUCAGCUCGAAUCUGGUGGCAGUAUCGCCCUUAGACCCAAAGAACCCGUCCCUGAUGCCACCAAGAGGAGGAGGAAGAAAAGAAAGGAAGACGAACAGAAGAUGGAGGUAAUAGAAGCUAAUGCAAGGCGAUGUAAGAGGAUGAGUGAGUGUGGUGCGUGUGGGCGUGGGUGGGUGGAACCACGCCUCCUACCUUGUCUCCACACCAUCUGCACACCCUGCCUCCACGCCCGCGCCACUCAGGUCUCACCUACGCCCACCCUCACGCCCACGCAUCACGCCAACAACGGGCGCACUACGACCACAUCUACUGCGGGUAGCAGGAGGGCGUCACAAGGGCAGACUCUGCCUACUGCACCCACCACCACCACCUCACCCAUCACAACCACGCCCACACACCCCACGCCCACACCCUCUACACCCACAACCCCAACACACCCCACACCCACAACCCCCACACAUCCCACAACCACCACGCCCACAUACCCCACACCUACCACGCCUACAAGCACCACGCCCACAGCCACCACACCCCCAACUACCACACCCACAACUACUCCAUCCUUGAGUUACAACGGAGGCCAGUUGACCUGCCACUGGAAUGGAGGCAACAGCAGUAGCAUUAGACUCUCCUUGAGUAGUGGCGGCGACAGCAGUAGCAGUAGUACUAGCACCCUCAGUGUCACUACUGAUCCCCAACACAACACCCCUUACUCCCAACACCUCACCAACAACCUCAAUGAAAGUCAAGCUGUACCUGAUGUGAAGGAAAAGAAUCAGAGAGAAGAGCAGCAGCAACAGUGGACUGCUUCUACUGAUUUGGAAUCUGUAAUUGAACUUCUAACAAACCUCUCCCCAAACUCUUCCAGUAAUAAUAAUAAUAAUGGUACUCCAAAAGUGACCAUCACAUCCACACCAAGUGUUAGUGACUCCUUUGACAAAGCUGCACCUGAGCUAACAAAUGAAGACGAUGUACAUUCUCCAUCCAGCACAAUGGAGUCUAGAUGUUCCUCGAGGACAAAGUCAGGUGGCAGGUCCUCUAGUUGUGAAAGUAUUCAGAAAACCAAAGGAGUGUGGGUGGUGUGGUGCCCCGAGUGUGGCUACGAGGCUGCUGUUCCUCCAGGAGGUGUCGAGUGUUUCCCACUCAACUAUGUUCUCCAGAAGCAGCUGGUCCUUGAAGCUCUAAACUCAUCUUUUACCACUGUCUACUGUGACCUCUGCCAUGAUGACGUCGUAGCUGAGGAACGCUGUGACACCUGCCCCGUGAACCUGUGUAGACUCUGUAGUCAUGCACACACGCGACAGAGGCGCACAACUCACCACACUGUUAUUUCUCUACAGGAAGCCAGAAGUUUAGGCAUACGAGAGGUGGCUCACACUCUUGUCUGUGCAACACACGGCGAAGGUGAAGUUGGGUGGUGGUGUCGUGGGUGUCACGAACCACUGUGUGCUGCCUGUCUCGCCACUCUUCACCGUGGACAUCCAACUGUCACUGUUGACCAGGCAGCACCACAAGCACGCAAAAAGCUCACUGCAUUACUUGAUCAAGCUUCAUCCAGAAUGAAUUACCUCCUGAGCACCGUUGAGGAUCUUUCUGGUGCUGCCACGAGAGUACAACAAAGAGGCAGAGUUGUUAGUGACCAAGUCAAUGCCUUUAUAGAUGACUACAUAAUGGCUCUAGAGGAACACAGACACACACUUCUCAGACAAGUACGGCAAGCAUGCGAGCGUGCUCAGCGAGGUAUUGUGACGGAGUCUCAGAGAGCAGGUCAGACAGCUUCUUGGUUGAGACAAGGCUGUGACCUCACACAUGACCUCCUUCACCAUGCUGGGGAUGCAGAGGCUCUGGCUCUUGCCCCACUUGUUACCUGCAGAUUACAGACACUGCUAAGUGAGCAAGUGAGAGGUUGGAUGCGGUGGGAGAGGCUGGCACUGCUUCGUGAGCACCGAGCAGGCAAGGUGAGGGGUCAUCGCAUCCAGGGUGUGAUUGCUGAUACUCCUGCUGAUCCUUCAAAUUCAAGAUUAAAGCCAUUAUGUGAUGUCACCAAUUUAACUGUGGGAUCAAAAGCAUCUGCAUUGGUAGUAGCAAGAGACAUUGAUGGCCAGCCAGUAACUCAUGGCGGAGAAGAAAUAUCCGCCAGUAUUCUUGCAAUAGAUGGGACAACUCUCAGAUGUGGGUGCUCGGUUAGGGAUCGUGAGGAUGGGUCAUACGAAGUCAUAUUUUGCCCUCCUCUGCCUACAGCAGCAACAUUGCAUAUUACAAUUCAAGGUGUUCAUGUGCAGGGAAGUCCUCUGGAAAUUGGAAUAACGUCGAUGCCUAUGGGAGUAAGUGGUGUCACUGCUGGGGAUGGUAACAGAGAAGCAAGUCUAGGUGGUCGACGGCAUACAGGGGUCUUCCACUGCUGCACCUUCUGUUCCAGUGGUGGUGACAAGACUGCCACUUGUGCUUGUGGGGCAACGAUGCCAGGAGGAUAUCUAGGCUGUGGCCACAACCACACUGGUCAUCCUGGUCAGAAACACUGGUCAUGUUGUGCCCAGACCAAUCCAUCAGGACCUUGCACCAGACCUCCCUCCCAGUAUUAUCAAGUCACACUUUGAAAGCACACAUAUUCAACACUUGCCUGACAGUAUUACUUUGUAAUUUGCUAUCUAGUCUUGUCAUCCUUAUUAUACAGUACUUCCAGUAUACUGGGAAGGAGCAGGUGCCAGGAUUUGAAAAAGGCUUUCAAGAACCUUCACAUCCCUUUCAGUCACCCAUGACAGUGAAUAGAUCACUGGUGUCUUGACCACGAAAUUUUAAAAUUAAAAUUAACGAGUCAUCCUAGGAUUUUAUGCAUGGAAAAGUGCUCAACUCUCUGGCAUCAUUUAACACUAAAAUUUGAUGAAUUAACUUUUUUUCAUUUAGGACAAUGUUGUAUAUUCACACAGCCAAACAUGUUGAAAAUGGCCUAAGGUGGUGCUUAUAUUGAAAGAUGUUUUGCUUUCAAAAACACAAAGGUUUUUGAACACUUUAAACAUACCAUUUUAAAUCAUUUAAACUGUUCAUAUCAACUUGCUACUGUCAUGACCAAUUCACCAUUAUACAGUAUUACAGAAAUGAAUCCCAAAGCUGGUAAAACUA